CCUACCUCCUCAUUGGGGGACGAAGAUGGGGCAGCAGAAGAAAAGAUUGAUAUUGAAGAUUUAAGCCAAGAAAAGCUAAGAACAGGAAGUAGGCAGAGAAGAAACAUCAACAGAAAUAUUUAGAAGGAUUACAACUGCACCAUGUGAUGCUGCAGAUUCUCAGAAUGAACCCUUACUCUCCAGACAAACAGAGUGAGGAUGAACUGAAGUCAAUCAAAAGAUGUGACUCUGCUUUGAGGAUAAUUGCAGAUGUUGAAGAGAACCUCAAUAAUGACAUGAACAAUGUGCCAGCCAAAGAAAUAAUUUGUGUGAUUAAUGACACUGGUAUAAUCAACAAUUGGACAAGUAAUAGCACUGAAAUGCAAAGGAACCAAUGUUUACCAGAAACAGUCAAUACAUACACAGAAAGAAAUGGAACGUGGGAGGACAAAUCAGAGACGACAGCAGUAAAACUGCAGAAGGAGAAUAAAAUGCCACUACUGAAUCAAGCAGUACAGGCUAUGUUCUAUCGAGCAGUAGGAUUUUCAAAACCCAGGAAAGGCGUUGAUACCUCACAAUGCAAAUUGGAAAAUGCAACGUCUCGUAACAGUAUCUGUCAUCUCAAAGCAAGAGGUGACGUGAGCAGCAGGCCUAACAAAUCCAAGAAGGUGGAUGACUACAAAAGUUUCAGGCCCAUCUUCUAUGCCUCAGGCACAAAUGGAACUGACCUAGUUAUCAGCUUUUGUGAGAACAGGGGCUGGAAGCAAAUUUAUGACAAUGACAGAGCUGAUUACUUAUUAAAAUGGUGUGAAAUUAAUACACCGACCAACUUUCAAUACUUUCAAGAAGGUAAACAGCUAUUAAACCAAAUCCCGAACAAUAAACUUCUGACUACAAAAGUUGGCCUCUGCUCUUCCCUGAAGACCUAUGAUCAAUUAGUAACUAAACGUACAAAGAGUAUAUAUCCCAGAGUUUUGAAAAUGGAGGAGUUUUAUCCUGAAACAUAUCGCAUGGAUGUGAAAAGUGAACGCCUGGCAUUCUUUGAAAUUAUGGAAGAUGUACCGAUUUGGAUUUCAAAACCUGCUGGAUCAAAUUUGGGUAAAGGAAUAUUUCUCCUGAAAAGCCAGGAAGACUUCCUGGACUUCCGUGCAAAACUGGAAAGCAUAGAGAAGGAUACUUCGAGUAACAUGUAUUGUUAUGGUUUCCCAAGCAACAGAAUAAUACAACGGUAUUUACACAAACCUCUACUUCUGGAAGGUCGAAAGUUUGAUAUUCGCUCCUACCUCCUGAUUGCCUGCACCUCACCUCAUAUGAUCUUCUUUCGCCAUGGUUAUGUCAAAUUGGCAUGCAACAAAUAUGAUCCAUAUUCUGAUGACCUGACAAGUCACCUGACAAACCAGUUUGUACAAAAAAAGAACCCACUUUACAGCGAGAUGAAGGAGGAUACAGUCUGGUCCAUGGAGCACUUGAAUGACUAUAUUAAUGAGCAUUACAUGGAAGAAAUGGAUCUGCCAAAGGACUGGGUCUUCACAGUUUUUGAGAAGAGAAUGCAGAAAAUCAUGCUACAAUGUUUCUUCGCUGUCAAGGGAAAACUAGAAUGCAAACUGGGCUACUUCAACCUUUUGGGCUGCGAUUUUAUAGUUGAUCAAAACUUCAAGAUUUGGUUACUGGAGAUGAAUGCCAAUCCGUCCUUACAGAGACACUGUGAGGUUCUCAAAACAGUCAUCCCUAAUUUAGUGUACGAAGCUCUUGAUGUGGUACUUGAGAUAUUCAAAAAAUGCAGUAAAGGAUUGCAUGUCUUGCCACUUCAGUCACAAAAAGAGUUUGUUCUGAUAUACAAUGGGGAUCAUCAGGAAAAGCUUACAAGGUCUAUCCCUAGGAUAGAAAGCAAUGCAUCAUCAACCAUUCUUAAACAACCUUGCCAUGUGGCUAUGGGUUCUGUAAAAUGCACUGAGAACAAUCCCAUGCAAAAGUCUAUGGCUUCUUCAAAUCCUGUAGUUGCUUCAGCAAAAAUGCUUCAGAACAAACUUUCUUUGGUACCUUACACAAAGCUGCCAGUCAUUUCACUAGCAGGGAAACAGAGUACAUUGAAGAAUAACUUUCCAGCAAAUCUCCAACUCGCUGUAACCUCCUCUGGUGAACAGGAUCAACUAAACUUCAACAGAGAUAUAGGUGCUUUCAGAAAAAUACCAAUGACCAGACAGUUAAAACCCUUAGUCACCAAGAAUCUACAUUCUAGUUCCCAACCACGGCAAAUGAGCAAUUCCUUGUUGGUCAGGAGUGCCUUUCACCCACGGUACAUCAACACGAUGGUUGCAAAAUCAUCUGAGGUGAAGAUGAGCUCCAAAGAGAACAAAACACCAUCUGGUGAUGCAGUCUAGUCAGCUAUGAUAAGAAUGGAAAAUCACAAGGACUACAUAUCCAUUAAGUGCCAACUUAGUGUCUGCUUGGCCAGAG